GCCAUGAAAUAUCGGCAAACCUGUGUCUUUGUUUUCAUUACCACGGACCAGUUGUGCAUUAAAAAACACAUACCUCAUUCCAUCUCACACUUUUCUGUUCUUACAGAUGGUGUUAUUGGAGGGCAUGAAUACAGUCCAUUAAAUUCACAACUGGCAGCAUCAUGUUUAAGUAUUCCCGAGAUAGACGGGCUUAAAAUUACAAAUGUAUCAGAAUUGGAUAUUGAUGUGCUCCGAAAUCCCAAGGUGAAGGCCAUUCUAUAUUUCUCGGAUAUUGAAAGUUUAACAGAGAUGGUUCUGGAACAGCAAUUUGAAGAUGCUAGUCUAAGAUUCCCUGUGGUCGGGGGCUAUGUAAGAAGGAUUCUGUCCAGAGAUGUUGGAAAAUUAACAACCUUUCGACGCAGAUUUCAAUACAUUGUUGUGAGUGGACCAGCAGUAAAAGCGACUUCUGUCGUCAUAACGGAUGGAAUCAGUACUGAGCGUCAAAUAAAGAAAAAACUAAGGAAGUUAAAUGAAGUGAGUGAAAGAGGGAGGAGAAUUAAAUUUAGGUUUGCCUUCAUGCUUACCCAAAAUAGUAGUCCAAAGUUAAGCGUGGAGUCCGUUUCCUUUAGAGAAAUCUUCCCAGGAGUGCCAUUAACUGGUUUCUGUCACACUGGACAAAUUGGCAUGGACUAUCCAAAACGACGAAAUUCCACCAAACUUAACGUAUUUCAGGAUUUUUCGUCGGUGUUUUUGAUGGUCACCGUAUACGAAGCCUGAAUUUUCAAUCACUUAAGGGGUACUAUAUGGAUUUCAGAAAAUGAUGCUUUGUAUUGUUAAUAAAUUAUUGGGGAAAAUAUUCGCUCAAGAUGUUAAGAUGAAUUUUCAU